AAACUUACGCGAAAGGACGAACUCUAUCGUCAUCCGCAAGUAUUGAUUGAAUAUUAGAUUCUUAACUUUUCAAGAAACCUCCCUCGAUUUUCGCAGACCACAAAUUCGGUGGUUGGAUACUUAAAAAGAAAAACCAACUUUAACUUCUAUCUUCGAUUGUUCGUUCAUUCAAAGGACAUGGGAGGUUUUUCAGAUACGAAGGUUUUACAAGACCUGUUGUUGUACGCGGCAAGGGCGGCGCUGAGUUACUGGGUUUUGGUCACAGGUCUCCGCUAUCUCGACCCGAACCGUGAAUCAUCGAAGAAGGCUCUUGAACAGAAGAAAGAGAUUGCUAAACGUCUUGGUCGCCCUCUUAUUCAAACCAAUUCCUAUGAGGAUGUAAUAGCGUGUGAUGUUAUAAAUCCUGACCACAUCGAUGUAGAAUUUGACUCUAUUGGGGGUCUUGAAACAAUCAAACAAACUUUGUUUGAGCUUGUUAUUCUACCCCUGCAACGACCAGACUUGUUUUCGCAUGGCAAACUCCUUGGACCACAAAAGGGGGUACUGUUGUAUGGACCUCCUGGCACUGGGAAAACCAUGCUCGCAAAAGCUAUUGCCAAGGAGUCCGGAGCAGUUUUUAUUAAUGUGAGGAUAUCCAACCUGAUGAGCAAAUGGUUCGGGGAUGCCCAAAAGCUUGUGGCUGCCGUAUUUAGCUUGGCUCAUAAACUUCAGCCAUCCAUUAUAUUCAUCGAUGAAGUAGACAGUUUUUUAGGUCAGCGUCGUUCAUCGGAUCAUGAGGCUGUGUUAAACAUGAAAACUGAGUUCAUGGCUCUAUGGGAUGGAUUCGCCACCGAUCAGAGUGCUCGGGUUAUGGUACUUGCAGCAACUAAUCGCCCUUCAGAACUUGAUGAAGCAAUACUUCGGCGACUUCCUCAAGCCUUUGAAAUUGGAUAUCCAGACCGGAAAGAGAGGGCUGAUAUAUUGAAGGUUAUCUUAAAGGGGGAGAAGGUUGAAGAUAACAUAGAUUUCAGUUAUAUAGCUGGUUUAUGCAAGGGUUACACUGGUUCAGAUCUAUUUGAUCUUUGCAAGAAGGCCGCAUAUUUUCCUAUUAGAGAAAUACUGCAUAAUGAGAAGAAUGGGGAACAAUCCUGUGAACCUAGACCUUUAUCGCAGGCAGAUUUGGAGAAGGCCCUUUCUACUUCACGGAAGACAUCGGUUGCUGCAAAUGAAUACAGUAGAAUGACAUCAAGAACGUCGUUUCCUGGCGAGUCAGGUGAUUCCCAGGUUGAAGCUGCAAUCAGGGAAUUAUCUAAGAUUAUGGGGGUUUCUCACAUCCAAGUAGAUGCUCAGGAUUAAAAUUGAGUUUCUUUAGAAUGUGUCGUUUAGCAUAGCCCAGAUUGCAACCGCAAUUACUUCCUUGGUUAUUCUAGUUCCCAAACUUGUAUUAUUAUACACUAUUUAUACAAGUGCCAGUGUUGCCUUUUGCUCAGAAUUUCAUGCAUCAAUCAUCUUGUAUAACAUAACAUACCAUGUAUACUAGACUUUAUUUAUGAUUAUUGUUCGGUAAUUGAAAUAUAUUGUUGUACCGCCCUA